AGAGUCUACACUAGAGAGAGCUCAACUCGAAUUCAAACCUUGUGCUGUCACAUCAAGCAGAGACUGAUGACACAGCAUCAGGAGCAACUGGGGAUUCAGUAUCUUGCCCAAGGAUACUUUGACAUGGUCCCGGGAGGACUCCACCCACACCUUACGAUCUUCAAGGAAGAAUGGCCGAGACCCAGACACUUAACUUUGGACCUGAAUGGCUUCGUGCUCUAUCUGGAGGUGGAGGCAGUGGCAGCGGAGGCGGAGGAAGCAGCAGCACUGCUGUUGCCUCGCCGCCUCUCUCACCUGCAUUGCCAAAGUACAAGCUUGCAGACUAUCGCUACGGGAGAGAAGAAAUGUUAGCACUUUAUGUAAAAGACAACAAGAUCCCCAUAGACCUACAUGAUAAGGAGUUCCUGCCCAUAUUGGAAGAGGAGCCCUUGCCGCCUCUGGCACUUGUUUCUUUUACAGAGGAAGAACAGAGAAAUUUUUCCAUGUCUGUAAACAGUGGAGCUGUACUUCGACUGACGGGGCGGGGAGUAGGUCCAGUAGUUGGGGCACCUCGAGGCCGAAGUACCUCAAGGGGUAGAGGCCGAGGAAGAGGAGACGGAGGGUUUUACCAAAGAAGUUUUGAUGAUGUGGAAGGUUUUGGCCGCGGGGGGAGGGAGAUGCAUCGCUCCCAGAGCUGGGAGGAAAGGGGAGAUAGGAGGUUUGAAAAGCCAGGACGAAAAGACCCAGAUGGUGCUCCAGGACAUUUUCAGAUGAAUCAUAUUCGAAAUCACUACGAGGAUGCUGGGUCCGUCCUUCUGAGGAAGCACGACUUCACUCGCUCGGAGAGUGAGAACUGGCGUACCUCUCGUGACGAUCAGAAUGGUGAGGAUGAUGAAGGGGGCUGGCGCCUGGCAGGUUCUCGACGGGACAGUGACCGCUGGUGCCCCCCAAGCCCAGAUGGGCCUCGGACUGCAGGGUGGCGGGAACACCCAGAGCAGCGGCGCCGUGUUCCGUUUGACGCGCGAGAUGACGAACGCAGUUACAGGCGACCGCGGUCAGGCAGUGGCAGCCUGGAAGAGGACAGAGAUGUUCUGCCUGAGUGGUGUCUUGAAGAUGCGGAUGAGGAAGCAGGCACAUUUGACUCAUCAGGGGCCUUUCUCUCGCUCAAGCAGAAGGCCUCCAAAGAGCCUAUCCUUGAGGAGGCAGAGUUGGAUUUUAAACCUCUGGAGGAAUGUGAGGAGGUGCUAGUGGAGGAAGACAGUCAGCCCAAUGAGACCAAAGAGACAGAAACGGAGGCCAAGACAAAUGCUGACAGAAAAGUUUUAACACGGGUGAGCAAAGAAUCAGAGGAGGUGCCAUCUGUUCCUUCUCCUACUGCUCAACCAAUCCCAGAGGCCCAGGCUCGUCCCAAAUCUGUGUCGCCAAGCCAUCCCAACAGAACAGAGGAGUCUAAGAGGCCACCUGAAAGGCAACCGGUGCUGGAACAACUGCCAGAACUGUGCAAAAUUCCCCUGCAUGUCCCCAUGCUAGAGUCACUACCAAUUACCCGUAUUUCUACCACUCUAACAGAAGUGCGCACGCCAUCGUCUACCAUUCAGCCACCUCAGCAGAAUCCCUUGGAGGUUCCUGUGGCCAUGAGCAACCCUCUGCCCUUUUCUUCAAGUAUGAUGGCACCCAUAGCCAGGCCCACUGCUGUGUCACAUGACAUGGAUGAAGAUGAGGGGUUGAAGCACUUUGAGCAGGAGGCAGAGAAGAUGGUGGCAUACCUGCAGGAUGGUGUGGUGGACGACGACAGACUUACAGCAAAGACCUCUGAAAAGACCAAACCUGCGGGCCUGCCACUCACCCACGAGGCUGCUCUCAAGUGGUUUUACAAAGACCCUCAAGGGGAAAUACAAGGUCCAUUCAACAACCAGGAGAUGGCAGAGUGGUUCCAAGCAGGUUAUUUCACCAUGUCUCUCUUAGUAAAAAGAGGAUGUGAUGACUUAUUUCAGCCUCUGGGGGAGAUGAUGAAGAUUUGGGGGAGAGUCCCAUUCACUCCUGGUCCUGCACCUCCACCUCUGCAGGGUGACGGUGAUCAAGAAAGGUUGAAGAGGCAGCAAGAGCUCACUGCUCUCAACCUUUAUCAAUUACAGCAGCUCCAAUAUCAGUACCUCUUAAGGCAGCAGUAUGCUCAGGCCUUGGCACAGCAGAAGGCUGCAGUCCUCAGCUCGGCUCCUCUUCAGCAGCAGCAGCAACACCAACAGCAGCUCAACCUGCUUCAACAGCAAUAUCAGGCUCUCAAGAUAAGAACAUCUGAGAGCCUUCUACCUCCUGUUACACGUUCCCUGUCUGUACCUGACACAGGUUCUGUGUGGGAAAUGCAGAACCCGUCUUCUCAGGCUUCCUGCUCACAGAACCACCAGCCUGCUGCUUCAAGCACAUGGGAUGGCAGCAGUGUGUGGGACUUGCCCAUCGACUCCAUGGCAAAGGCUCCAACCAUCGAGCAGAUGCAGCAGUUAGAGAAGUCAAAGGCUGCAAAGGUAUUGGAACUAGAGAGGCGCGAAGCUGAAAUGAGAGCCAAAAGGGAAGAAGAAGAGCGGAAGCGGCUAGAAGAGGCUCUGCGGGCUCGCCAGGAAGAGGAACGGAAGCGCUUAGAAGAGGAACGGAAGCGCUUAGAAGAGGAGCGGAAGCGCUUAGAAGAAGAGCAGUUAGCAAGACAAAAACAGGAGGAAGCGCUGAGACAACAGAGAGAACAGGAGGAGGCACGUCGGAGGCAAAAAGAGGAGGAGGAGAGACUGGCACAGGAGGAAGCCCUGCGAAGACUUGAGGAGAGGAGACGGGAGGAGGAGGAGAGAAAGAAACGGGAGAAGGUCCUUCGCAAACAAGAGGAGGAGCGCAGGAAACAGGAGGAGCUUGAAGCACUAAGGAGGCGUGAGGAGGAGAAGCGGGCAGAGGAGGAGGCGGCGGCUGCAGCUGCUGCUGCUGAGGUAGCUGCCCUGGCUCAGCAGCAGCUGGAGGAGCAAAAGAGAAGGGAGCAGGAAGUACAGAGACAGCAGGAGCUUCAGAGACAGCGGCAGCAGCAGCAGGAGGCACUCAGGAGGCUUCAACAGCAGCAACAGCUCGCACAGAUGAAGCUUCCAUUGUCAUCAAAGUGGGGUCAGCAGUCAGCCAACACUAUCAACCAGACUCAGAACACCCUGUCACUGGCUGAGAUCCAGAAAUUGGAAGAGGAGCGAGAAAGGCAGGCACGAGAAGAUCAGCAGCGCCAGCAACAGGAACUCUUGAAGCUGCAACAGCAACAGGCCCUGCAACAGGCCCAGCAGCCCCAGGCUAAGCUCUCAGGGUGGGGCCAUGUAGCCAAGCAUCCCCCUGUCACCAAGUCCUUGCUGGAGAUCCAGAGGGAGGAAGCACAGCAGAUGAAACAGAGGAAAGAACAUCAGUCACAGCCGCCGCAGCAGCAGCAGCAACAGCAACAGCAGCAACAGCAACAACAACAUCCCAUUUUCACCCAGCAGACCCGCCCGCAAAACAGAACUACAUCUCUGAGCAACUCUGUGUGGGGGUCGGUGAACCCCAGCCCCUGCUCAAACUGGGCCUCGGAUUCAAGCAGCAUCUGGGGUGACACCCAGAACUCCAACAUGGGUUUCUGGGAUGAGGCUGUGAAGGAGGCUCCACCUCCGCCUCCACGCACCAGGAAAGGCAGUGCACAGAAAAACAAGGGAAAUGCCAACAUCAGUAAUUCUUUGAGUGGGCGAGCAAACAAGAAGGUGGAGGAGGAAGAAAAGCUGCUCAAGUUGUUCCAAGGAGUCCACAAAAGCCAGCAGGACACCUUCAUGCAGUGGUGUGAGCAUACUCUGCAAAGCCUCAACACAGCCAACAAUCUGGAUGUUCCCACGUUUGCAUCUUUCCUGAAAGAAGUGGAUUCUCCAUGCGAAGUGCACGACUACAUCAGGGCCUACCUGGGGGACACACCCGAGGCCAAGGACUUUGCCAAGCAGUUCCUGGAGCGCCGUGCCAAACAAAAUGCGAAUCAACAGAAGCAAACCAACCAACCACAAGCCCUCAAACAGCAGCUGGAAUCUGUGUGGGGUGGAACAGGAUCAUCAACGCCUUACCAGGCCAACCAUACGAGUGGCCAGCAGCAGCAGCAGCAACAGCGCUUUGAGACCGUCACCUCAGGGAAGAAGAAAAAGAAGCAGAAGAUGGUCCGUGCUGAUCCGAGCCUUCUAGGGUUUUCUGUCAAUGCAUCAUCCGAGAGAUUGAACAUGGGAGAGAUUGAGACUCUGGAGGACUUCUAAGGGAAUGCAGCCAAGCAAACAGCCAAUGACUGACAGUACCUGUUUUGAACAGCAGUUGUUUCACCCGCCCCAACCCCUGACAGCUGCCCCCUGCAGUAUUUCACCUUUGUCAUCUAACCAACCUAUAGUCUUACUCAAUCCCUUGCAAGACAUGCUCAGGCAGCUGUCAGUUCAUUCUGCAAAAGUCUACAGAAGCAUCGACCGCUUCCUUUUUUCCAAUUUGGCCUUUUUUUUAUUUUUUUUGUUGAAAGUGUGGGUAUUGGGAGAAAAGUUAAAGAUUAUUUCCAUCUUUUUUUGUGGUUUUUAUUUAUUGCAAGUUAUCCCCGAAAAUUUAUUUGCCCCCCCUUUUUUUCUCUCCCUACCAGGCAAUGCUGUUUGUGGUGAUGGAAAAAUUCAGGCCAAGGAUCGGUGCCUACUUUUUAUGUCCUGUUUUAAGGACAUGUUCAAAAGUCCCAAGUAGUUAUCUAUUUCUUGUAAGAUACUAGGCUGUUUAAAAAAAAAAUAAAUAAAACUUUCAACUUGCA